AUGACACGAACAUUGCUAGCCGCAACAGCGGCCUUCAUCCACUUAGCCACGGCUCAACAGAUUGGAUCUAUUCCCGAGAUCCACCCUCAGCUUCAAACAUGGAAAUGCACCACUAAAAGAGGUUGCAUUCAGCAGAAGACAUCAGUAGUUCUAGAUGCACUAUCACACCCUCUUCAUGAAGUCGGCAAUAGCAGUGUUUCAUGUGGAGACUGGGAUAGUGGCUUGAACCCGACCCUCUGUGCCACAGAAGAAUCGUGCGCUAAAAACUGUGUCUUGGAAGGUGUUGACUAUGCCAGCCAUGGAGUCAGCACAAAGGGUGGCAGCUUGGUACUCCAUCAAUACAUGAAAACAAACGGAGCCGUCAGCUCUGUCUCGCCCCGAGUAUACUUGCUGGACGAGACUGGGAAGAACUAUGACAUGUUGAAGUUGUUAAAUCAGGAGAUUAGCUUUGACGUGGAUGUAUCCUCGCUCGUCUGCGGCAUGAAUGGCGCACUUUACUUGUCAGAGAUGCUUCAAACAGGUGGGCGAAGCGAGCUCAACCCUGCCGGUUCUCAAUAUGGCACUGGGUACUGCGACGCGCAGUGUGGUGUCAGUCCGUGGAUCAAUGGUGUCGCCAACAUCGACUCAGCCGGAUCUUGCUGCAAUGAAAUGGAUCUUUGGGAAGCAAAUGCUCGCGCUACAGCCUAUACACCUCAUGCUUGCAACAUUUCACGCUUGUAUGAAUGCACCGGCGAUUCUUGUGGUAGCAGUGGUGUUUGUGAUAAGUCAGGAUGUGGAUACAAUCCGUAUGCGCUGGGGGACCACAACUACUAUGGUUAUCAACAGGCAGUCGACACAACCAAACCAUUCACCGUCGUAACGCAAUUUUUGACUGAUAGCCACACUGCUGGAGGUGUAUUGUCAGAGAUCAGACGGCUUUAUGUCCAGGGUGGUAAAGUCAUUCAGAACGCCGUGGUCACUGUUUCCGGCAGUGAAAUCGAUUCUAUCACAGAUGACUAUUGUUCCGAGUCCGCUAGCUAUUUUGAGCAGAUGGGAGGACUGAAGCAAAUGGGCAAGGCAAUUGGUCGCGGUAUGGUAUUGAUUUUCAGCAUCUGGAAUGACUCGGGCGCGUUCAUGAAUUGGCUUGAUAGUGGGAGCGCGGGACCGUGUAAUAGCACAGAGGGCAACCCUGCACUCAUUCAAGCGCAGCACCCUGAUACAUCAGUUACUUUUUCAAACAUAAAAUGGGGCGAUAUAGGAUCUACUUAUAGUCAUUAA